AUGCUCCGUCAAUCCAUCAUCCGACCUGCGGCAACUGCCAAUCGCAUCCUGUCCCGUUCUUUCUCUGUUGCUGUGCCUAGAAUGGGCGAAGGUGACACUGGAGCUCCUCGAGCUGGUGCAGGUGGCUCAUCUGGUGACUCAUUUACCAAGCGUGAGGCUGCCCAGGAGGCCAUGUACAUCCGUGAGAAGGAGAUCGAGAAGCUCCACAAGCUCAAGAAGCAAAUCGGUGAUCAGCGCAAGCAUCUCGAUGAUCUUGAGGAACACAUUGACAAAUUGACCAAGGAGCAGAAGCGGUAA